CAAACAGUACAUGUACCCGUCCACAUACAAACCCCUUACCGGGUCUAAAAUUUCAACGGCCGUCCAGUGCUGGCGUUACACGCGACGAUUUCCCUCUUCCCUCUCUCUCUCUCUACUUCGUGUCUCAGAUCUUAAAUUCAUCCAUUUCUUCUUUGAUCCGGGUUUGUUUUUGCUUUCUACUCUCUUUCCACAUCCAUGGCUGCUCCUCCUGCAAGGGCUCGAGCCGAUUAUGAUUAUCUCAUUAAGCUUCUCCUCAUCGGUGAUAGUGGUGUGGGGAAGAGUUGUCUUCUUUUGCGUUUUUCAGAUGGUUCCUUUACUACGAGUUUCAUCACAACCAUUGGCAUUGAUUUUAAGAUAAGGACCAUAGAGCUGGAUGGAAAAAGGAUCAAGUUACAAAUUUGGGAUACUGCUGGUCAGGAGCGGUUUAGAACAAUUACUACUGCUUACUAUCGCGGAGCCAUGGGUAUUUUGCUUGUGUACGAUGUAACUGAUGAGUCGUCAUUUAACAACAUUAGGAACUGGAUUCGUAACAUUGAACAACAUGCUUCGGACAAUGUUAACAAAAUACUGGUUGGUAACAAGGCUGACAUGGAUGAGAGUAAAAGGGCUGUCCCCACCUCAAAAGGUCAAGCUCUUGCAGAUGAAUAUGGCAUCAAGUUCUUUGAGACUAGUGCCAAGACGAACUUAAAUGUGGAAGAAGUUUUCUUCUCAAUAGCUAGGGAUAUUAAACAAAGACUCGCUGAUACUGAUUCAAAAGCUGAGCCUCAGACAAUCAAGAUUAAUCAACCAGAUCAGGGGGCAGGAGCUGCUCAAGCUGCUCAAAGAUCGGCAUGCUGCGGUUCUUAAGCAAGUCGCAUCGAUGGGAUCUCAAGGGUACAUUCUUAAGGAAUCAUUUGUGGAAACUAUCGAUUGGUCGGUCAUGUCACAACUAUAUCAGUGCCGCCUGCUUGUAUCAGUUCUCAUUAUCAUAUUUUUUUCACCAACUAGUGCUAAUCUCAGUGUGAAUGACAACAGACAGAUAAUCCUUAUUUGAGAAAUUAAUUAUAUAUUAGUUGAUUUUCUACGAACA